CGUCUUCCCAAUUUUUGAAUUUUCACCGGAGAUCUUUGUCCUAUUAACUCCGAUUAUCCGAUGCCGGCGAAGCAUAUGUUGUUUCGGUUAGGGAUAUUCCUAUCCUUGUUUUUGCUCAAUCCGAUUCCAUCUCAAUCUGCAGUUUCCAGCAUAGAUCUGGGAUCAGAAUGGUUCAAAGUCGCCGUGGUUAACCUAAAACCCGGACAACCUCCAAUCUCUAUAGCGAUUAACGAAAUGUCCAAACGGAAAACUCCCUCACUCGUCGCAUUUCACUCCGGGAGUCGCCUCAUCGGUGAAGAAGCUUCUGGAAUCGUCGCUCGUUAUCCAAACAAGGUCUAUUCUCAUCUCCGUGAUCUAAUAUCAAAACCCUUUUCCCACGUUUCCAAAACCCUAGAAUCUCUUUACCUGAGUUACGACAUUUCUCCCGAGGAAUCGCGGAAUGUGGCGGUUUUUAAAACUGAAAAUGGUAAUUUUACGGCGGAGGAGUUGGUAGCGAUGUUGUUCAAGUAUGCUCUUGGAUUGGCGGAAGCGCAUACUAGGGGAACACCGGUGAAGGAUGCUGUGGUGACUGUGCCUCCGUAUAUGGGAGUAGCGGAGAGGAAAGGGCUGCUUGUUGCUGCGGAAUUGGCUGGUAUUAAUGUGUUGGCGCUUGUGAAUGAACAUUCUGGUGCAGCGUUGCAGUAUGGGAUUGAUAAAGAUUUUUCUAAUGGUUCAAGGCAUGUGAUUUUCUAUGAUAUGGGUGCGGGUAGUACAUAUGCUGCCUUGGUGUAUUUCUCUGCUUAUAAUACUAAGGAGUUUGGGAAGACUGUAUCAGCUAACCAAUUUCAGGUCAAGGAUGUUAGAUGGGAUGCGGAGCUGGGAGGAGAACAUAUGGAACUAAGAUUGGUGGAGCACUUUGCAGAUGAGUUCAAUAAACAGGUAGGAAAUGGGGUUGACAUAAGGAAGUCUCCAAAGGCAAUGGCAAAGUUGAAGAAGCAAGUCAAACGAACAAAGGAAAUUCUUAGUGCAAACACAGCAGCUCCAAUUUCAGUUGAAUCUAUUUAUGAUGAUCGGGAUUUUAGGAGCUCAAUAACCCGUGAGAAGUUUGAAGAGUUAUGUGCCGAUUUGUGGGAAAAAGCUCUUGUACCAUUGAAGGAAGUUCUUACUCAUUCUGGUUUGAAAAUAGAAGACAUUUAUGCAGUGGAGUUGAUUGGAGGUGCCACUAGGGUGCCAAAAUUGCAGGCUAAGCUGCAGGAAUUUCUUGGAAGGAAAGAACUGGACAGACACUUGGACUCCGAUGAAGCAAUUACACUUGGGGCAUCAUUGCAUGCUGCUAAUAUAAGUGAUGGAAUCAAAUUGAAUCGUAAAUUGGGAAUGAUUGAUGGUUCUCCAUAUGGAUAUGUGAUUGAAGUAGAUGGUCCAGAUCUUCCUAAAGAUGAAAGCACCAAACAGUUGACCAUACCACGUAUGAAGAAACUACCUAGCAAGAUGUUCAGAUCUAUUGUUCACAAAAAGGAUUUUGAAGUUUCACUAGCGUAUGAAAGCGAUGACUUCUUGCCACCUGGAACUACUUCACGUACAUUUGCUCAGUAUGCAGUGUCAGGUCUUACUGAUGCCAGCGAGAAGUAUGCAUCACGGAAUCUUUCUGCCCCUGUCAAGGCUAAUUUACAUUUCUCACUUAGUAGAAGUGGAAUAUUUUCAUUAGAUCGAGCAGAUGCUGUUAUUGAAAUAACUGAAUGGGUCGAAGUUCCACUAAAGAAUCUGACAGUGGACAACUCGACCUCUGCUUCUGUGAACACAUCAACUGAAAGUGGCCCCACUAGUACAGAGGAAAGCGAUGAAAAGUUGAAUACGGACACUGUUAAUAGUAACACCUCUGAUCCUGGUACAAAUGAUUCUAGCACCAUAAGUCCCGUUACAGAGAAGAAGCUGAAGAAACGGACUUUCCGAGUUCCACUUAAGAUUGAUGAGAAGACUACUGGGCCAGGAGCACCUCUUUCAAAAGAAUCUUUUAGUGAAUCUAAAAGGAAAUUGGAAGCACUGGACAAAAAAGACGAAGAAAGAAGAAGAACGGCUGAAUUGAAGAAUAGCUUGGAAGGAUACAUAUAUGAUACAAGAGACAAGCUUGAAUCUGGAGAUUUUGUGAAAAUAUCAACCAGUCAAGAGCGCCAGUCCUUUAUUGAGAAACUUGAUGAGGUACAAGAAUGGUUGUACACAGAUGGUGAAGAUGCUUCUGCCACCCAGUUUCAAGAGCAUUUAGAUAAAUUGAAAGCUAUUGGGGAUCCCAUAUUUUUCAGACAUAAAGAACUUACUGCACGCCCUGCUGCAUCUGAUCAUGCUCACAAAUACCUUAAUGAAGUGCAACAGAUUGUGCGUGGAUGGGAAACCAACAAAUCAUGGCUUCCUAAGGGAAAAAUAGAUGAGGUUCAAAAUGAAGCUGAGAAAGUGAAGAAAUGGUUAAAUCAGAAGGAGGCUGAACAGAAAGACACUCCUGGAUCUGAUAAGCCUGCGUUUACUUCUGAAGAAGUAUAUGUAAAGGUUUUUGAUCUUCAAGACAAGGUUAACAAGGUAAAUAAAAUACCAAAGCCAAAGCCUAAGGUUGAGAAGCCUUUGAAAAAUGAAACUGAAAACAGCAAGGAGAAAGCAGACACUACCAAAUCCUCUUCUGAGGAGGGUACCUCCCAGAAAGAACAAACAGCUGCAGAGACAGAGAAGGCAUCCGCAGAUGAAAAGUCGGAUCAUGAUGAGUUAUGAUUAUUAUCCUACAACGACACAUCAAAGGCUAGAUUAUAUGCAAAUUAAUUGUAGAGUAUAUACUGAGUGAACCCAUCUUUCUCCAUAGGAUGCUUUUUCUUGCCAUGCUUUGGAAGUCCUCACUCUCCGGGCAGUGUCGGGUUCAAAAAGUACAUGCUAAGGGAUCUUACACUUGAUCAGCAUUCUCUGUAUCACAAUAUUAAAGUAGAACAUUGGGAACAUAUUCAUGUGCCAUUUUAUUGGCUGCAGAAUAGAAUUUUGUUAGCUCCUCCUCCUUUGAA